GAAAAACUAGCAAACAAUUUUACUCUUUGUCUCUUUCAGGGUCCCAACCUGGAUUCUCAAGGCAGUCUCUGCCACAGAUCCUGUGCUUGGAGAGUUCUGGAACAAACAAUUGGGUACCAUUAAUUUGAUAAAAAGAUUUUUAUUUUUUUGGUUUACCACUCAAAUUAAAGUUCAAGAUUUUUGGAUUUUGAUGUUGUAGUUGUGGAUUGAUAAGUUUAUGGUGAGUGUUUGAGUAAAGGGUUAAGAGAUUUCAGCAUCAGAAAGUUUAAUUUCUGAGCUGGGCUCUUCUUAAUUCUUCUUUGGUGAUGGUUAAUCUUUGUUUAAUGGCUUCUCAUGGCUGCCCCCCUGGUAAUGGAUUAGUCUUUGUUCAAGAACAUAGCCGAGUCUUUAAGGGCUGCCCUCCCUAUUUUCUGAGUCAGGGAGCAAGACAUGAGAUAAAUGAAAUGCAAUCAAUUACUUUGGGGUCACAUCAACAUGAGGAGUCAUGGAGACCCAUGAGCGAAUUGAAUGACCGCACUCAUUUUUCCAAGAUUGACUCACCAAUCCAAUGGCCUGCGCUUAUUGAUGUGCAAGACAAUUGCCCAGAUUCAGAACUCUUUAGCUAUGGAAUAGCUGAACAAUGUACAAAACGUGAGAAGAUCUUAAAGUUUCUGACAUCUGGAUCAAAUGAAAUAGAAAAUGGUGGAUUAGAUUUAUCAUUACUGUCCGACUUGAUGGAUCUUCAGUCAUUGACAGCGGAUGUACAUCAGCAGCCUUACUCUCAUCUUAUAUAUCCAAAUGAAAAGUUUGAUUUCCCAAAGCCUUUAGUAGACUUUGUGGGAGAUAUGGCUCGUAAUUCUAAGAUUACAGUUCAACCAGAUGGUCAAGUGAUGUUUUCUGGCAGUGGGGCAGAAAUAAGGGAUAUGCUCUCUAUUGUUGCCGAGUUUUAUUUGUCGAAGACCUCAACUAAGCAGAUGAAGCAGUCGAUGCUGGUUCCCCAUUUUAUCUGGCCUCGUGUAAUCGAAGCGCAAGUGAAUGUUCAUAGUUCUAUGAAUGUGAAAAAUGUGGUAACACCUUUGAAGAGUCCUAAGAGGUCAAAGCUGAAGCAGUCAACAAAGAAGAAGAGUUGCAGGAAAGGCAAUAAAGAGAGGGAUCUGUACCAAAGAAACUACUUCCACGCAUGCGAGAGCCUUCUAUCUUUAAUGAUGGAUAAGAAGCGAAAUGGAAAAACCGCAAUCCUUUCUCUAAAGAAAUCCGGCCCUGAACUACCCUUGCUGCUGACCCAAUUCUCCGCUGGCAUUGCUGGAACCGGUGUUGCUGUUCUCUUUUCUGUUGUCUGCAAAGUAGCCUGUGGGAGGGUACCAUUAUGUGGAACUAGACUCUUCAGCACUGGAUUGGGAUUUGGAUUGGUUUGGCUCUCAUGGGCGGUGAAUAAACUGAGGGAUACAAUUGUCUAUAACUGCAAGAAUGCAAACAAAGUAGGUUUCAAGGACGAGGAAAUGCUGAAGACCAUCAACAAAAGUUUGAAAGACGUAUAUUUUCGAGCUGCAACACUGGUGGUGGUAGCAGCUCUGAGGCUGGCAUGAGCAUAGAUAGCUAAACCAGCAGUUCAGAUGAUUGUUGUAAUUGUAAAUGCUGUAGAUUAAGGCAUGUUAAAAGAGAGGGUUUGAUCUGUAUUGCUCUUGGAAAUAUGUCUAGGACUGAUUGGCUCAAGUCGAAAUUACCUGGUAAGAGAUGAAAGACUUUGCCUUUGUUUAUCUGCUGUUGAAGGGUAUUGUUUGAUAUGAGCCAAAGAAUACUUAUAUAUAUACACCCACCAUUUUUGCA